GCUACCGAUUCUCCUUGUAUUUCAGGAAAUUCAUUCAAAGAUUUGGGGGUUUCAACAUUCUAGAAGGGUGUGGGCUGUCGCGUGUCCAGAAAGGCUUUACAGUGAACAGUAAUUGACAGAGUCGUCACAUACCUCAGACCCGCGAGCUAGCUGCUUGUUCGUAAACGAUGUGGGCAUUGCAUAGGUUUCAUUCAUUUUGGCUAAGGCUAGCUCUGUAGCGGCGGUUGUACUUGCUAACGUUAAGUAACUUGUCGCUGCUGCAUUUGCGUUACAAAACCCAGCUACAUUGUGACUUUUAUUAAUUGAAUUGAGAGAUAACAAUAUCGCGUGUCAAACAUUUAGCCACUGUAACGUCAGCUAGUCUGCAAAGUGAAUUAACGCCAGGGUAAGCAAGGUAACGUAACGUUAUUCUUUUACUAUUUAUUAUGGAUUAUGAACAUAAAGCGAAGGCAGUGGGGGACUGCUUGCUAAGCUACAAGAGGGAUGAGUCCGGGUGGAAAGUCUGCAAGAAAUCGAAUGACGUGGUUGUGUCUUGGCGUCCGUCGUCUGAGUUCCCUGGGAAUGUUUAUAAGGGCGAGGGGAUUGUCAGCGGCAGCCCAGAGAAAGUGUGGGAGUGUCUGAAACCAGUACCCAGUGGGCUCAGAGUCAAGUGGGACAACAAUGUCAAAAGGUUCGAGCUUUUGGAACAAAUCACGGAGGACAUCUCUAUCUGCCGAACAGUCACGCCCUCAGCCGCUAUGGGCAUCAUAGCUCCACGAGACUUUGUAGAUGUUAUUUUAGUCAAGCAAUACGAGGAUGGCACCAUUUCAUCAAAUGCCACCAAUGUGAGUCACUCGGGCUGUCCUCCCCAGUCCGGCUACGUGAGAGGAUUCAACCAUCCAUGUGGUUGCGUCUGUGUUCCCAUCGCAGGAGAGCCCAAUAAAACCCAGGUGUUCAGCUUCUUCCAGACGGACCUGGGUGGCUUUCUCCCCCGCUCCGUGGUCGACUCGUUCUUCCCCUCCAGCAUGGCGGAGUUCUACAGCAACCUGAGCAAGGCUGUGAAGUCCCUCAAGGGCCUUUGACACCAAGAGUCCAGAGAUCUGCCUUCAAAUCUGGGGCCUACUGACUGGUCAGGCCUGUUUGGUUUAUUCCAUUUUAAACCAUUCAAACUCAGCAGCAAUCGGUACACUGUCACUAUUAACCACUUAUCUCAAAUCUCUCCAGUCCACAAUGUGUGGUUAAUUAGCAUUCCUAUAUUCCUCUGUUACUGCAGGAGGGAUCCAAGUCCCAAAAUAACAAUGAGGGCUUGCGUUGGUCAAAACCCGCAUUUCAAACUCCAGUCUCUUCACAUCCCAGUCUAAGGGAUGAAUUUAUUUCCUCCAGUCUGAAGAAUGAAAAUAGAUGUAACAUCUAUAUUUGUAUAUGUGCUAAAAGCACAGAAGAUCUUUACUUUUUGCCACUUUGAUGAUUCACUAGACAUUCCCUCUUCUUAUGAUUGCAUACUUCAGUGUAUAUAGUGAACAUGCAUGUUGCAUGGACCGUAUAUAUUUACCCUAUGCUGGUGUCAGGUUGUUGGUUUAGAAUACUGACUCAUACCUCAUAUUUAGUCGUCUGUGUUGUACUUGAACUGCCAUUUGCUCAUCUCCAGCUCACCUGUAAGCCAUGAAUAUCUGCCUCUUUAAUCAGCUACACUGAAGCACAGGUGGGAUGGCAUUGGUGGCACUUUAAACAGAGGCAGUUUUUUUUUUUUUUUUUUUUUGGAAACCCCUUUAAAAUAGGUUAUUUUAUAUAUGUGCUGCUUUAUUGAGCAGAAAAGUGUCUUCCCACACACACACACGUGCGCACACACGCAUACAUAUAUACAUACAUAUAGUACCAAUCAAAAGUUUGGACACACUUUCUCAUUCUGGGAAAGUGUGUCCAAACCUUUGAUAUAGAACCGUUCCAAUGCAUCAUCAUAAUAAUAAUAAGCAAUGCAAGGAGUCAAGACUCAACAUUUAUAAGUCAAAAGUAACCUGGCAAAGCUAGAGAGCUUUACUGGAGACACUGUUAAAGUGUAAAAGAUGCUCAAAUGCACCGCAAGGUGCCUUCAUGUAAUGUGUCUAAACACCUUAAGAGUGCAAUAAUGCUCUGAUAGCUCUGGCACUUAGCAAAGGAAAAAAAAAGAGGGGCGAAUUCACAAAGAAUGGAUUGUGGCUGCUGAUAGUGCCAUGAAUUGUGCAUCACUUGGGACCGCUAUCUAACACACUAAUGAUAUUACAGCGCAAACUCAGUGCAAUAUGCAGCUUAGUGCAAUUUGCCCUUUUUUGCCUCAGACUACAAUUAUUCAUGUGGCAAAGUAUACAUUUUGCCUUUACGCCAUUAACAUAGUAGGCAGAACAAUGACAUAGAGAAAAAUUAAAUGGUCAUACCACGACCUACAGGUCCGCCGAGUUGCAGCACAGUUAGGGGUGUAUUUUUAUUUUUUUUAUUUUUUUUAAAAGAUUUCUUUAUUUAAAAGGGACAGUGCACAUUAAUCAACAUG